AUGGCCACCGCGCCGUUCUCUGAAGUGCGCCAGAACUACCACCCUGAAUGCGAGGGCGCCAUCAACAGCCAGAUCAACCUGGAGCUCUACGCCUCCUACGUGUACCUGUCGAUGGCUUUCUAUUUCGACCAUGAUGACGUGGCCCUGGAGAAUGUCUCCAAGUUCUUCCUGCGCCAGUCCCAUGAGGAGAAGGAGCGUGUCGAGAAGCUGAUGCAGCUGCAGAACCAGCGUGGGGGCCGCCUCCGCCUCCACGACAUCAUGAAGCCUGACCGCGACAACUGGGAGAGCGGCCUGAAGGCCAUGGAGUGCGCCUUUCACCUGGCGAAGAGCGUGAACCAGAGCCUGCUCGACCUGCACCAGCUGGCUACUGACAAGAACGACGCCCAUCUGUGCAGCUUCCUGGAGACCAACUACCUGCCGGAGCAAGUGAAGGUCAUCAAAGAGCUGGGGGGCUACAUCACCAGCCUGCAUAGCAAGAAAGGGACCCCAGAAGCCAUUAUGGCAGAGUACCUCUUUAACAAGCUCACUGUGGGCAAUAGUGGCAUUUGCUUUCCAGGAUGUCCCAAUAGACCUUUCCAGGAUUUGGGUCUGCCUCCACUAGCCCAGUAUGUACAAGGUGUUUGGGAAAAGCCCCUGGGCCUCUGGAGUGUAAUACCAGAGCCUUGGUAUGUUGGUAUGCUGCAGCAGUGA